CAUUUUAACAACGAGAUGUGCAGGAAAGCACAUGUGGAGGUUUGAUAUUAGGAGCCAGAAUUGAGGAGGUGUUGCGGAGUUCGAAGUUUCAAACACGGGCUGACAAUUUUGCGUGACGACAGACUCGUGAACCACGAAGGAACUUGCGCGCGCGUGCUUUCAGUGAAUUUGGAUAAUUAUGGUUUGCCACAGACAUUCAUCACCCACCUGAGAUAUCAUUGAAUGCUUCUGAAUCGUGUGUGUGGGAUCUUUAUUCACGACGUGAUGGAUACAAAUCCUUUGGCUGUGUUGAAACUUCUACUUGUUGGAAUUUUGGUGAACUCUUGGAUGACAAGAGGAUUGUCAGCCACAGAGAAUAUCAAUGUUGAGUCUGUACCACGAAGGCCUAGUGUGGCUCUGUGCAACGAGACCCAGCUGCUGUGGGAGAUGGAGGUGUGUGGAGAGGGUUUCAAGCGAGAGAUGGCUUACGUGGAUCCCCAGAACUGGUGCAAUUUAACACACUUCAUCAGUGAGUACCACGUCUUCUCGCUGUGCACAGAGACCAACGCCGGGCGCAUCAACUGCUACUGGCCCAACCCGCUGGUGGAGAGCUACAUCAUCCGCAUCCACAAGCACUUCUUCUCCAACUGCACCCUGGAGAGGGUGAUCCUGGUGGACCCACCAGACGACACACUCACCAUCCUCAUCCUCAUCCCUGUCUUCCUCACCCUGGCUAUGAUCGCGCUGGUGGUGUGGUGCAGUAAGCGCAGCGACAUCCUGGCUUAAGAUGUUGGUUUGUUUGGUUCCCAUGUGACUGUGCAAUAUGACUGUCCAGAGACCUAUGAACUUCUUUGAAUGGAAAUACUUUAUUGAUCCCCAGAGGGGGAAUUGGGUUAGACAGGUAGCCUGGGAAGAGAGGUAGGGAACCUAUGAAGGGAACUUUUGUUUGUUCAUUGUGUCAUUUCAGGAUUAUGGUGUAUUGAAUGGACCAAAAGAAGCUACUUAACACCUUUGAGGGAGAUGCAUCCUAAAUCCAUUUUGCUAGCUUGAGACGGUCCAAGCCCUUUUGAGAGAUGUACAAGGACUCAAGGCACAGAGCUACAAGACAUUCAGGAUUUUUGAUCCUUGGUGUAAAAAGGGACAAACGCCCAGGGACUGCCUCAACAUCAUCACCUAUCAGACGCCAUUUAAGCUUGUGGUUAUAUAUUCUGGUGAAGAUUCUUCUCGAUGGGAGAACACAGACAAGUUGACACCUGAACUUGUACAAUACUUUUCUGUACCAGUGGCGUCUACCUAUAAAGACCCUGAGUUUUCCUUCCUUAAUUGCCUGCCAUUCUUUCUCAACAGCAGUGUUCCUGGCACCAUGGCCUUCUUCAUCCUCAUCUGUUAUGUGUUGUCACUAUCAGUUCAAGCUGCAAAGACGGAUACAACAAUUUCUUUCCAAAAAAUCCGAUUUUUACCCAACCCUGAUUUAACUUACCCUAACCACACCCCUAACCAUAUGCCUAACCAAAACCUUAAUUUAAGACCAAUGCUAAUUUUCAUGUUCAUGAUAUAGGCAAUUCUGACUUUGAAGCUUGGCCAUAGAAUGGGAACAAGCCCUAUAUGUGUCACUGAGACUAGAGAACUUGGUUUGUUUCUUGAAGUGAAAUGGUUGUUUGACUUCUUUAUUUAUCUUGUCUCUGGGUUGUCAUUGCAAUGCCCCAAAAGUUGUUAUCACUGAUCGCACUGCUCAUGUGGUGAAACCUCAGCAGGAAUUCUGCUCACUCUAAUUGUAAUUUAAUUUCACAGUUUAGUCGUUCUGGGAGGUAUGGGCGAUAGGAACAUAAAUCACUGUCAAGAUUAAGGACUCGUUUUGAGAGAAUUUCGUUGUGCCAGAACUUUUGAUAUUGAGGAGCUAUUGAAUUAUUUACUGUAAUGCUAUUUAAUGUUUGAAUUAAAUUACUUAGAAUUAGUCAAUGCUUUGGUUAUUAAUCAACAUGUCCAUAGGGCAAUUUGCCCCUUUUUGUCCUCUGCCGUUUCGAAACCAUUCCUACCUCUACUUCAAACUACACCUAUCUCAAUGUAACUCCAAUUCAAUUGAAACAUCCUUAGUACUGUGGUCAUAACAAAAUAAUAUUGUUUUGACAUUUCAGCGUGUAAAUGUAGUUAAACAGUCAAAUCCGCAAAAAAAAUCUGUUCUGACGUUUAGGUUAAUUUCAAGGUAAAACUCAACAUUGCUGUAUGAUACAUUACCAUAUGGGCAAAGCUACUAACAAGGCUGUAUGAACAUUUCAGAAGGGAUUGGGGGGGAUGUUCCUAUUCCUCAUCAGUGGUGUAAUGUACAUAAGUAAAAAUACUUUAAAGUACUACUUCAGUUUUUUUGUGUAUCUGUACUUUACUAUUUAUAUUUGACAACUUUUACAUUUACUUCACUAAAAUAAUGUACUUUUUACUCCAUACAUUUUCCCUGACACCCAAAAGUACUCGUUACAUGUUGAGUGAUUAGCAGGACUGGAAAAUGGUCAAAUUCACGUACUUAUCAAGUGAACAUGUGGACAUCCUUACUGCCUCUGAUCUGGCAGGCUCACUAAACACAUGCAUUGUUUGUAAAUGAUUAGUGUUGGAGUGUACCCCUGGCUAUUUGUACAUUUUAAAAACAAGAAAAUGGUGCCAUCUGCUUUGCUUAAUAGAAGGAAUAUGACAUUUUUACUUUUGGUACUUAAGUAUAUUUGACUAAUUCCAUUUACUUUUGAUACUUAAGUAUAUUUAGAACCAAAUACUUUUAGACUUUUACUCUAGUAUUUUACUGGGUGACUUUCACUUUACUUGAGUAACUUUCUAUUAAGGUAUCUGUACUUUUACUCAAGACAAUUGGGUACUUUGUCUACCACUGUUCCUCAUAUUCCAAUUUAAGACAAAGUCACUUUAUAAAAUGGGGACUAUUUCCUCAUUAUUAUGCGAUCAAAACAAACAUAUGAAUCUAAAGAUGUUGACAUUCAGCUCUGAUCAUCAGGAUGUCAAACGAAGUGAUAUACACUGAGUGUAAAAAACAUUAGGAACACCUUCUCGUUCCAUGACAUAGACUGACCAGGUGAAACCAGGGGAAUGCCAUGAUCUCUUAUUUAUGUCACUUGUUAAAUCCACUUCUGUCCGAGUAGAUGAAGGGGAGGAGACAGGUUAAAGAGAGAUUUUGAAGCCUUUAGACAAUUGAGACAUGAAUUGUGUAUGUGUGCCAUUCAGAGAGUGAAUGGGCAAGACAAAGUUUUUAGUGCCUUUGAACGGGGUUUGAGUGUGUCAACAACUGCAACGGUGCUGGGUUUUUCAUGUUCAACAGUUUCCCAUUGUGUAUCAAGAAUGGACCACCACCCUGUUGUAACUCUCCUGUGACGAUCUGAAGGAUCAGGUUACAGUGGGUCCGCUUAUACAGCAUGCUCUCUCUCGUAGAGGGGGAGAGCGGGAAGUCGGCUGUUUUAUGGCGGUCGUAAAAUACGCUGCCGCUAUGCUCUGUGGUGUUCGAGAUUGGAAUGUAAACUGUGGAACACAGAGAGACACUUGGACAUCAAAAGUUUGAAUAGUUAAACAAUAUAUUUUUGAGAAUGUGGGAAUGGUCCAUGGGUAUUUAAAGAACAAUCCUGUCAAAGUUGUUUUAUUUUGUGACAUCAGGAAAGGCAGUAGGACAAGAUAACGGUAUCUAUGGAAGUGCACAUUCCUCAGUUAUUCGUUUUCUACCUGAAUGUUGUAUAAAAUGAAUGAGUAAAUAUGAAACUAUUUGUGAAAAGAUGUAAUGUGAUGUUAGCCUUCUAAAUGAGAAAAGUUAUCUUCAUAUAAAAGGGUUUAACGAAGUCGGUGGCCAUGCCCACCUGACCAGACAUCUCAUUAGGCAUCAUGGAACUGCCCCUUCUUCCACAGAGUAUAAAACCCACUUCCGACCAAAUUUACACAAGAUCAGAAAACAUGAAGCCGUACCUAUGUUGAAAUGGUUGGCAAUUUAAACUAGAGUCAAGAUAAGGGCGGGAUUAGGUCCCCACGUUGGAAUGGCUGUCACUCGAGACCAAAACAUGCCAGGUGAAGCUGUUGUGUGAAGUGGUUCAAACUACAACUCUAUCAAAGGACAAGAUCAGAAAACAUGAAGCGGUAGCUGCAUGUUGAAAUGGUUGGCAACUCUGCAAGAGUUAAAAACGUAGGGAUGAGGUCCCCACAGUGAAAUGGCAAAUAAAUCUACAAACUAAAGAACAAUUUUUCAGACUGUUUAAAUACUUUAGUCUGGUAAACGCAUCCGAUCCUAAGAACAGUCCCGUAUAGUACUCUGAAGUAUCCAUUCUAACAACCUACGACUUUAAUCUCUGGUGGACAAAUCAGAGACUCUGUCGACUGACUAUCCGGCAGACUGACCGGCAAUCGCAGAGAGGGACAACAAAGGCAGACACUCGUAAAUAUGUAAAUUGCAAUACUUUUCGAAUGAGCGGUUGUUCAUAUUCAAAGUAUUAGCAGUGUAGUAAUCCUCUGAGUUUCCCUGAAGUGGUCCCCACCCCUUUCCUUUGUCUACCAAGCCAUCAUAUCGGUUUUGUCCGCUAGAGACUUUUUCUUUGUAUCAUGUAGUGACCGAUGUAUGAACUAUUUGUGUGUGUGUUUAUGUCAUUCUGUGAUUGAUUAAGUUAGUUAGUAAAUAAAUAAAUAAUUAAGACAA